AGACGAAAUAGAAAGAGUUGAGAUCUAGAAAUGGAAGCCAACACUUUGAAGCUAGCUUCCUACAAAGUUUUCACAAUUGUUGCAUUCAUCCUUCUAGCCAAAUUUAACAUCAUUUCAGCUUGUGAGAAUUCUCCAAUCCCCACCAAUUCCACCCUAACCAAGAUUGAUUACACUGCCACCAAUUAUGGAAACACAACCAUUCCAUCCAAAUCCAAUUACACUCAAACCUUCAAAAGCUACAUUAAAGCCUCUUGCAAUUCAACCACGUAUCCAUCAAUAUGCUACAAAACACUAUUCCCCUAUGCUACAAAAAUUGAAGCAGAUCCUCUCAAGCUAUGCAAUGUGUCACUCUCCCUUGCCUUAAAGGCAGCCAAGAGUGCAUCCUCCACCAUAUCAAAGAUUCUAAAGAAAAACAAUUUGACAAAAAUUGCAGAACAAGUGGUGCAAGAUUGCUUUGGGAAUGUGAAGGAUUCCAUUGGUGAACUCAAAGAUUCCCUUGAUGCCAUGGGACAUUUGGAUGGUGUUGAUAGAAAGUUUCAGAUCAGCAACAUAAAGACAUGGGUGAGUGCUUCUAUCACCAAUGACCAAACGUGCUCAGAUGGGUUUGAUGAGAUGAACGUGGAUUCCACUUUGACGGACAAGAUCAGAAAAAUUGUCUUGGAUGUGGCAAGGAAGACUAGCAAUGCUUUGUAUUUCAUCAACAACAAUGUAUACUAAUUAAUAAUAAGUGGCUUAUCUUUCCUUCUUUAUUUUGUUUAGAAAGGGUUUUCUUUUGGCUUUGGUAGGUACUUGGGUUAAUUUUGAUGUGUUGAUUGUAUUUAAAAUGGUUUGUGAUUAAGUUAUUGCUUUAAAAUUAUGUGCUCAAUGUACAUAUGAUCGUUUCCCUCUCUGAACCAUGUAAGUCUGCGGCACGUCUUAUGUUGUUGUACGAAGAAAUUAAGGAAUUGUGAAGGAAGUGAUAGUCUGAAAAUUAAUGGCUA